AUGCAGUCAAGUGAUAGAGAAGAUAGUCGAGACCGCGAGCUGGUCCUCAGACAUCAACAUGCCACUUCCGAGUCCAGAAGCUUGAUCCCAAUGUGGGAUAGCGCAGACCCGUGUAGAGCUCCACCCCCUCUACCGCUGAACCCAGGAGGCCCUAACAGCCCCGUUACUCGACCAAAUGCCUCUGCUACAGUUCAAGCUGCUGCCGCAGCACUGGCGGAGAAGAGUCAGGAAUCGACUCCGAGCUCUUAUACGGUCAACCCUAUGCCAUUGAAGCCUCCUUCUCCUGAGAAGUCUUUGAUAAAAGGCCAAUAUCAUAAGCGGAUGCAGUCACUCCAGAAUGUGACCAACAGCAACGAGUUCGCUUCUUACCUUGAACGCCGUGCGUCCCCAGAGAAGUUUAGACGUAACAGCAUAUUCGACCGGGACGACAAGAGCAAUGACACCACCCCAACCAGGGGAGGAGUCGAAACUACUCCAAACCGUGAAUCGCCCACCCAAGCUCGUGUGUCAAGCAGAUACCUGACCAAGCCUAUCCUCGGGGAGAACACUCCUCCAUCCGCUACGAUGCUGGCAUUGCGGGAUAUGCAGAUUCCAAUGGACUUGGCUUUACCUAUGGAGACUCCUAGGCCGGCGACGACGACGACCACGACCCCAGUAAAAUCUGAGAAACCGACCAGGGCACCAGAGAGCUUUGAUGGCCUAUCGGCCCAGAUCAUUAGCUUAACUAAGAUUGCUACCUCCCUGCAGCAGGAGAUGAGCCAACUGAGCCGUCGAAGCAAGGACAAUGCCACGGAUCUAAUCAGCCUCAAAGCUGCAACAAACGCUAGAGACGAGGAUAUUCGAAAGAGUCUCAAGGAUCUGUCAGCCAAUCUCUCUUCUAAAAUGUUCGAUCAAGACCCACAUACCACCACCCCAAGGGGAACGCCAUAUAUACACCCAGCUACCGGUGGGUUUAUGCUCGAUAGCAAGGCACAUGAAUCGUCUCCAAGCUCGAGGAAGAGCUUUUCUGCUCCCCGGAUGUCAAGCCCCAGUAGCUUUGCAGCAGCUUUGGAAAGAGAUCUCGCCACUUCCCCAGGUCCUAUAUCCGACGGGUCAGCUAGCAUAGCACUAUUGGAAAAGGUGCUGCGUGAAAUGGCCACGAAGGAAGGGCAGGAGAAACUCUUGACCCUGAUGGAAGAUGUUCAAGCACGGCCAACCGAAAAGGACAAUGCAAUGACUACGAUGCUUUCAGAGAUUCUCAACCUUGUAAAGGAGAACUCUGGGAGCCGUGCGCUGAUCCGUUCCAGGGGUGAUAUGGGUAACCAGCUCUUCGGCGACAAGCCCCAGGCCCCUGACUUUGGACAAGGCACUCGAUCUGGUCCUAUGGGUUCCGAGUCUCCAACACCCCGACGCAAUACCCCAGAUUUCAGCGCAAGUGUUGCCCUGCAGCCAUCUAGCCCUCUAACGGAAGACAUGAUGGCCAUUCUCAAGCGCGUCAAACAUAGCGUUGCAGAAGGCGGAGGCAUUACUAGCGAAGUCAAAGCCCUUGUUCGUGAGCUCCGCGGCGAGGUUUUGGGCAUGGGCCGGGACCUUGCACGGAAACUGGAGGAAACCCAGGCUAAUAGAUCAAUUGACGAUCGAGGAUCGCUAGGGCCUGGAAAGGAGGAGAUCGAGCAGAUCGUUGAAUCUGCCUUGGGCGACCUGAGGCAACAAAUGGAGCAGAUCAUCCAGGAAAGCCGUCACAACUCCGAAUCUUCGGCUCUUGCACGAUCCACAGUUGACAGCCAGGAGGUUUAUAUGGUUGUGAAAAGGGCCAUUGACGAGAUGCCUCUGCCCCAACCGCAGCUCCCUGCACCACCGGAGCACGAACCUGGCAUACAACGAGAUGAAAUUCUAGAAGCCGUCAGGGAAGCCUGGGAGACCUAUAAGCCAGAAAUUGAACUCCAGAACUUUGGCCUCGAACGGGAUGAGAUCUUGGAAUGUCUUACUGAGGGGUUGAAAGCCUACCUACCACAAAAGGAACCAGUGGAUCCAGAGGCAGUCUACCAACAAGUCCUCGAUGCCGUUCAUAACGGGCUAGAGAAUUUCACUCCUCCCCGUGUUGAGCCCGAUAUUUCCAGCAUCCGUGAGGAAGUCGUCAGCGCGGUUAGAGAAUGCCUGGAAAGUAUCGAAUGGCCUGCUCCACCUGUCAUUGAACGGGAGGACUCGAUAAGACGAGACGACGUCCUUACCGCUGUACAAGAAGGGCUCUCCUUCCAGGAAAUCCUCAAACGAGAUGAUGUCCUGAGUGCCGUACAAGAAGGGCUUACGUUCCAAGAAACCCUCAAACGCGAUGAUGUCUUGAGUGCUGUACAUGAAGGACUCGCUUUCCAAGAACCCCUCAAGAGGGAUGAUGUCUUCGGUGCUGUGCAGGAAGGGUUAUCAUCACUUCAAGAGCCCAUUAAACGAGAUGACGUACUGAGCGCUGUGCAGGAGGCUCUCGCAUACCAGGAACCCAUCAAAAGAGAUGAUAUUUUGAGUGCUGUACAGGAAGCAUUCUCAUUCCAGGAGCCCAUUAAACGCGACGAUGUUUUGAGCGCCGUUCAGGAAGGACUCGCAAGCCAGGAGGUGCAGCCACGAGAAAUCGAAUUCAAUCGCGAUGACAUCUUCGAGGCUUUGAGACUCGGAAUUGAUGAUGCUUCUGGUACUCUGACAAGUAACCUUGGAGAACAGCUCAUCGAACACCUCCACGGUAUGAUCCUUGAAAUGAAGGAUGAGUUCAAGGAAUAUUCUGCCGCAAACGGCAGAGACACUGAACAAGUGCUGGACGCAACGAAAGAUGGGCUCGAGGUUCUCCGAGGACAAAUCGAAUGCUACGUUGAUCGUGCAGCCGAUGUAACUGGAAAGGACGAAAUCAUUGAUACGGUCAAGGACGGAUUCCGUUUGCUUCAAUCCGACGUCGAGAAGUGCAUCCGCGAAUCUACAGAGCGAAACCCCUCAGAUACCGUCGAGCUACUCGAUGCCAUGGAGAAGGAAUUCGAGCAUCUUCGACAGACCCUAAGUAGUUUGCUCAUCCGAUCCAACACUGCCUCCGAUAAGGACGAGAUCCUCGACGCCAUUCGAGAAAUAAGCGAAAGCGAAGCCUUGAAGAACAAUACCAACGCUUCGUCCGACAAGGAUGAGAUCCUGAACGCUAUCCGAGAGAUAAGCGAAAGCGAAGGAUUGAAAAACAAUAAUUCUGAGCUUGCCGAUAUGGUUAAACAGGAACUCGAACAUCUUCGACAGACCUUCUCUAUGGCCCUGGUGAGGCCUGAUUCAUCCUUAGACAAGGACGAGCUUUUAUCUGCGUUCAGGGAACAUCUUCAAGAAGCCCUUGACGAGCAAAAUCAACGGAAGGAUGGGAACGAGAGCAUGGUGUCGAACACCAAUGAACUCCUCGAUGCUUUCCAUGACGGCGUCGAACAACUUCGGUCUGAAAUCGAUAAGCUCCACGAUAGGCCAGUUGAAUCUAAUGCGAACGAAGAACUUUUGGAGAAUCUUCGAGACGAAAUUGCCGGGCUAAAGGCUGGCAUGGAUCGAUUGGUUGAGUCUCAUAAGGACAUGGAGGAAGCUAGCACUACUCGAGGCGGAGAAAUGAUGUUGGCCGGCGAAAGUUCCAUUGGUGGUGAUAUCGACGGCUUGAAAGCCCUUGUCACCCAACUUCAGACCAAAGUAGAAGCUAUCGACAUCAACCCAGUUGUCCCGGAAAGAGAGAGUGAUCCGGAUAUCGUUAAGAAGGGCGACCUGUUUGAAGUCCUCGAAGCUAUCCGAGAGGUCCACGGAUCUGUCAACGAAGCAGCUGCCAACAACACCGCUCCCCGCGAGAUUAUAGAAAACGAGUCGGAUGUCGUUAAGAAGAGCGACCUAUUUGAAGUCCUGGAAGCCAUCAGAGAGGUUCACGGAUCUGUCAACGAAGCAGCUGCUAACAACACCAGUUCCCGCGAAAUUAUAGAGGAUGACCCGGAUGUCAUUAAGAAAGGUGACAUAUUUGAAGUCCUGGAAGCCAUUAAAGAGGUUCAUGGAUCUGUCAACGAAGUCGCUGCCAACAACAAUGCUACCCGUGAUCUCCCAGAGGAGGGUGCGCCUUCAGUCAGCAAAGAAGAAAUUGACGCACUCCAGACUCUUUUGCAAGAAAUGAAGACUCAGUUAGACGAAAUCACUCCUUCUGCGAGCGCAACAUGGGUCACUGCUGAGAAGGUCGAAGCCCUAGAGACACUGGCAAAAGAGACCAAGGAGACCAUGAGCGUGUUUGCUACUCAUAUUGAGAUAGAGGGCCCAAGCAAGGAGGACAUCACAAACCUCGAAGGCAUUAUGAAGGACAUUUGGGUGGUCGUCGAAGAAAUCAAAACCGCCCAGGCUGCUGAACCCGAGGAGAAAGAGGACCCUGAAAAGGUGGUGAAGAGCGAUGUUCAGACCUUGGAGACACUUCUCUUCGAACUAAAAGCGCAAAUCGAAGAACUUGUUCUACCUGAUGUUGAAACCUUGCCGACAAAGGACGACAUUGCUAACCUCGCUACCGCUGUCACUGAAUUCAAGGAGAAGAUGGACGCUGAGAAUGAACUCACGGCCCAAGCCUUUGAAGCACGAAAGGUUGAGCAUGGCGGCCUUGCCGAAAAGAUCGAGGAAGCAAAGCUCUUCAUCGUUGACUUUAGGGAGGACUUCAAAACCAAGCUCGCUGAAAGCGACGGAACUAUGGGUGAUAUGAAGACAUUGCUCGAAUGUUUGAACGACUCCACCGAAUCAUUCGCCAAAGCCGACAACAUCAAGGAACUUUCAGAGCUCAUCAAACGCGAAUCUGAGCGAUCUCAUGGAGACCGAGAGGCUGCCAAGCUCGAAGAAGAGGAGCGAGGUGUGGCUAUACUAGCUAAAAUCGAGGAGCAACAAGGUAGUCUGAAGUCAGAUAUCGAGGCCGAGAUUGACAAGAAAUUCCAGGAAGUCAUUGCCAAGUAUGAAGAUGCACAGCUACUCGCUGAUGCUAAAUUCACCGCGGCAGAAGAACGAGACGUGCAAAACCUGGACGUGUUAGUGAGCACCAAGGCCAUCGCCGAAGACCUUAAACUAGUUAUAGGAGGAAUGGGUGAAAGUCUGACUGAAGCCUGCGAGAGAAUGAACGACGACGCAAAGACCUUCUUCGGCCGAGUUGACGAGUCAUUUGUCAAAGUUGAUAAUCUACAUGAAGACGUGAAGGCGCAACACGAGGAUAUGAAGACUCAGUUCGAAAGAGCGGUUGCAGCUACCGACCGCAUUGAGAGUCAAAUCUCCCAGACACACCCCGAGCUCCUCAGUUCGAUCAAAGAGAUCCUUGCCGUCGUUGGCCAGCACUAUGAGCACUCUCAACAGUCCACCAGAGACUUGAAGACGAACCUCUCCGCUCUACCAAAUGUCAUUACACCACUUCUCCCUGCGCUUCUACCCCCUCCCCCAGAGGUCAAGGAGCCGGAAUUCGAAAAAUACGAUGACACGUUGAUGCACGAGAAGCUUGAUACUAUCAUCUCUCAUGCUUCCAACACCGACAGCUCCACAGCACAGAUGGAUAAGCUCAAUGCACUUCAGGAACAACUCAAUGCAACUGCCCGAGAAGUCAGUGAAAUGAUGGCCUCUCAAUCCAAGAAGGCCAUCCUAGAUUACGAGGACAAGAAGGAAGAGGCCAUGGAAACCGCCCUUGCCUUGGAAAGACGUCUCGCGCAGAAGGAGUGUGUAGAAGCCGAGGUUGCAUCUCUGAGAGAGGAGAAGGAGAGACUUAUGCAAAACAUCCGGGAGUUGCGACAAGAAGAGAGUGAUCUUUCGAGAAACAAGAUCAAGUUGACCAAGGAGGUUGCUGGCAUGGAAACCGCUUUGCGUAUCCGACAAGAAGAAGUGCACCUCAUGGAGGAUCGUGCUGAGGAACUUGAGAGGAGAAUCGUUGAGGGAGUCUUGGAUCAUGCUCGAAGUCAACUUGUGAGCCGCCAUUCAGGAUCAGACCGCAUGAGCUUGAAGCGCGUCCCAAGCUCAGCCAGCACUGCGACUCGCCAGACGAAUGCUAGUACAGCUAAGGCCAGCAGUAUCCUCGGAAGCAGUGUCGGUAUGGCUCUGAAGCGAAGAUCUAACAAACGAGCCAACGGAUCCUCUGUGGGCAACGCAAAGAACGAACGACGAAUCCUCAGUCUAAGCAAUGUCUCAGGUAACCGCGGAACUGGAGAGCGGCUAUCAGUGCCGUACAGCGGUUCUCACGGCGGAUUAGCCAGUCUGAAGCGUAGCCAUUCGGUCAAGACCAACCAAGGCUACCGACGACAGUCCUGCGAUACUCGACUGCUCGGUUCUAACAAGGAGAACGAGGCGUUCCAAGAGGAAGAGGAGAGCCUGAGCGAGGCAGAAAGUGACACUGGAACUGAGAGAAGAACAAGCUACACAGGUACAUAUGCCGAUAGCGUUUCUUAUGUUACUGGAAGCACCCUAUCUACAGACCGUAGAACCAGUUACUGUUCUACUAACGCAAAUGGGUCAGUCGCAGCAGAGUCUGAGUCGUGGCAGGAGCCCAGCGAGUACAGCCAUGCAACCGACGAGGAGGAUGACGAUGAGACGCAAUCUGAAGUGACUGACAAGGCAGAAACGGAGGACCACAACUCCAGCCUGCUCGAGUCCGAGGAAGAAACGACGGGAGACGAGGAGGAGGAAGAAGGAGAUGAAGAGCCUACCUUGCACGCUCUUGACGCGAAACGUGGCGAUAUGGUGCUGUUCCACCAGCCCAGUGACAGCGGAGUUGGUAUGACUACAUCGUGA